GGACUAAAGUCAUGUUAUUUCAACUGUAAUUAAAGAAUCCGAACUUAUAACUCUCGUACUAGUCCAAAACAUCAACCUCUGGACUGGUAUAGAGGUUUAAGUCCCGGAGGGUAGUCCCGACAUUUUUUUAAAAAGACUAGGGUGGCAAUUCUAAAAGAGGGGGUGGGAAAUCUAAUUCCCUUUAAAUCCUCUCCCUCCAACGUUCGUCGUCGAUCUCACCGCCAUGGCCACCGCUUCAUCGAGCGCCGCGUCUCUGGGCGCAACACCCGCAGAGAGAGAUCUUCAGCCAUUCUUUGUUCUUCAUAAAGCGUCAACCGGAAGAAAAGAUAGAACGUCGAAUGGGCAGGGGAAAUUGCGCAAGAGAAACGAGCCGUCUUCAUCGUCGCCAAAAUGCGGAAAGAAACUGGAAGGAAGUAUGUCUGAAGGAGGUGAUCGCCUUUUGUUUGAGCAACAGCAGGUUGAAGCUUUUGACAUUGUUUGGGCAAAGAUUGAAUCUACCAUUAAGGACGUUUUGAGAGAUCAAAAUGCUAGUGUAUUUAACAAUAUACAACAAUGGGUUCUGGAGUGCUUCAAUGCUACCAGACUGCUUGGAGAACCUAGCAUUGCUGAAGCAACUAGGUCUUUUCCUGUUCUAAAUAAUACUACUCCCGGGCAGCUGUUCACUGCAUUAGUUAUUACCAGAAACAUGGAGUUUGUUGAUGAUAUAUUGACAUUUGAAGAGCUAAGCCAUUGCUUGAAAUCCCAUGGAUGCCAUGUGGCUAUGCUUUCAUCACUGGAGUUUUCGUUAAAAAAUGGGAUUGCUGGUUGCUUGAAAGCUUUAUUGCGAGAGUUUCUAGGGUGUGCUAUUGACACAGCCGAUAUAUCAAUCUUAGCAUCAUGGUAUAGAGAACAAGACAGCUACAAUAAACCAUUGGUGCUGAUCAUUAAUGAUUUGGAAAGAUGUUGUGGAUCAGUCUUAACUGAUUUUAUCCUGAUGUUAAGUGAAUGGGUUGUCAAGGUGCCAAUUAUCUUAAUAUUUGGAGUUGCAACAACGGUGGAUGCUCCAAGAAACAUUCUGCCAUCACAUGCUCUUGAGCAUUUGUGCCUCUCUAAGUUUAUGCUUGGAGCACCAGCUGAGAGAAUGGAUGCAAUUGUUGAAGCUGUUCUUGUGAAACAUUGCACCACAUUUAAUAUAGGUUAUAAAGUGGCACUCUUCCUUCGAAACUACUUCAUCAACCAGGAUGGGACAGUAACAUCUUUUAUAAGGGCUUUGAAGGUGGCAUGCUUAUUACAUUUCUCUAUGGAACCUCUGAGUCUCAUACAUGGGCAAAUACUUGCUGAAGACCAAAAGGAGGGAAAGUCUGCAUUUCUGCCUGAAACUAUGUUGAAAUACAUGGAUGAACUUCCAUCGUAUGCAAGGAAUCAAAUGGAUGAUCAGACUAAAGAGAGCAUGGCUAAGGGUUUGUCAGAAUUGGUGACAGUGCAGAAGCUUUGGAGCACUGUGGUUCUCUGCCUAUAUGAAGCUGGAAAAUAUAGCAAAGUGCAAUUACUGGAUUUGUUGUGUGAAGCACUCAAUAAAGAUUUGUACCCAUUAAGGGAUUCAAGUUGUCAGGAGGGGGAUGAAAAAGAUAAUGGAGUGUCCUUGACAAAUGAACCCUGUCAACAAUAUUCUAUCAUGCAAAGCAAUGGUUUUAUUUGCCAGAUAGGACGCAAAGUGAGGGACCUCCCAACAGGAAUGCUAUAUCGGUUGAUUGAGAGUUGGGAAAAACUUACUGCAGAUAUUCCAGAGAUUCAUCAGAAACUGAAAAAGUUGCAAUCUUCAGUAGCACGUGAAGGUGGAAAGAGUCCCCGCAAGAGUUCCAAGGACAUUUCCAAGAGAUAUACGUCCAGAGUUUCAGUUAACACCGACAAGGACUCAAGAACAUUAAACUCCCAAGCUGGUACAUUUCUUGAUUAUUUAAUUAGAAAUUUUUUGAGGCCCAUUGAAGGAAUGCCUUUCCAUGAAUUUUUCUGCUUCAAGAAUGUUGAGAAGCUUCAAUUGGUUUUGAAUGGGGAUCCAAGAAAAAGGAUUCAAGUUGAUCUGUUGGAGUUCCACAAGAUUUUAGGGUGCAGUUGCUGUUACAAGAGUGGCAAUGCCCUAUUGUCAUCCUGGCAUGAUUCCUCAAUUAUGUAUUCCCUAGGUCAAGAGCAUGGAGAUCUUAUCAAUCUUCAUGACUGGUUCCAAGCUUUUAAAACAAUUGUUCUUCAAAAUACAAAUAAAAGGAAACAAAAAUCAAAGCAAUCCCAGCUCCCAAAGAAGAGAAAGGAUAUGAAUGGAUCUGGAAACGAAAAUGAAGCAUCAAUUCAAGCACGCUUUUGCAGGGCAAUAACAGAGCUACAGAUCACUGGGCUUAUUAGAAUGCCCAGCAAAAGACGCCCAGAUUUUGUACAAAGAGUAGCAUUUGGACUCUGAAUCCAUGUUUCCCUGAUUUAAUUUCUUCUUUUGGUAUGCUAAUUUUAUCAUUAGAAAAAUGUAAUAUAAUAUUCUUAUAUUAUCUAAUUCAUGCUGAUUAUCUAUCUGGAUAA